ACAAAUAUAAUUUAUUUAAUAAUUUUUAUGAAGUUUUAAAUUUGUAAAACAAGAUGAAUUUUGAAUGAUUUUCAGAAAUUUUCACUAUUUUCCUUAUCUCCUACAUGUCUUACUAACGCACGACCGCUACCCGAGUGAUAACAAAAUUCAUUUCGAGGAAAAUGAAUUUCCAGUCGCAGCGGGAUUCACCGGUUUCGGGCUUCGUACCGGAAAAUGUCCUUCGUGCUUUCCGUUCGGUUUCGGUUCCAUGAUGCUGUGCGUGCUGCCGCCGGAAAGGUGAUGAUAAUCAUCCUAAGCAUCCGUCACUGCAGGCGCUCAACGUAUGGGCCAGUUUCAUCUCGCUGGGCAACGGAACCGGGUCGACUGGGUUGCGUGCGCGAAACAACGCGAUCGCGAAAACAUUAAAACGGCAAACGAAACCGAACGAAAUCCGAACGGGCCACGGGUAUUCCGGUACGCGGUUAACACGUUUCGCAGUGGGGCGUUUUCCAAGUGCAAAAUUUCCAAGUGUGUAAAACGCGUUGUGAUUUACAAAUUGCGUGUUUUUUUCUCUCUCCCUCCCCAUGUGAAAGCUCGUGUGAAAGUAUAAUACACGGUUUCGUGCUUAAGCACUGAAGGACUCGAUCGUUUCCAAGGCACAAAGUGAAAGUAGCACAGCGAAAGUGAUUUUAGUAACGAUAUGAAAAAGGAUACUGCAGUUCGGAUUACCAGCUGAUUCAUAGACGGCAGCAUAGUGGGAAAAGGCGCUGAGCUGCAGACAAAAGUCAUCAAUUUAAAUUUCCCCAACCGUCGCUGCCCACCCAUCAGCAAACCCGAGGUAAUCUCAGCGCAAUCAGAUUACCGAAGCAAAGGGAUAAAAGUCCGGUGAAUAAAAUAAAAUCCCAUAAAAAGGACCAACCAGCCCAGAAAUAGCUUUCACUCCCUCUGUCCCACUACACCCCAAAAAAAACGCCCCCGAGCAGCAGACCAUCUGCCUGCGUAUGGGUGCGUACGUGUGUCGGGAAAAAGGUGCGUUUAGAGAGUAAGCUUGGCCUACUAAAUGAUUUCCCGCAAAGCAAACGAAAUGGGCGUCGUGUAGCGUUAGAACGAACGUGUACCAACCAAAUGCAUGCAUGUGAAGUUUCCCAUCAAGCUAAACAGUGAGCGUAGCCUGCUACGAUGCGGCUGUUUUCUUGCCAGUGCCACCGAUGGUGAUGCUUUUCGACGGGAAAGGUUCAUAGAAGAAAGCACUAUACAGCGUCGACCGAGAGCUACUUUACCGGAAACUCUUGCUCUUCCGGGAAGCGCUUGUUCGCGGAGCGGAAACAACGAAAUUUAAAUUCGUCCCAACGCACACCGUGCUCUGGGCCGGAAGUGUACGGUACGUUCCUCUCGCAUCGCAUGUGCCUUCAGGGGGGAAGGUGUACUGUAAUUGACAGCGUGAACAGGGCACGCGGGUGUGUAGCUUGGUGUAACGGUGUAACGCAGCUGUGAGGUUCGUGUGUAACCGUACCCUCAACCUCGUAUGAGUGAGCGCGAAUAGGUGUGGUUGAGAAGGAGCAUUAUCGUAAGUUUGUUUAGUGUGUGAAAGGAUCUGCAGUGGAUGAAAUGUAAAAGCAUAAAAAAAUAAAGGUAAAAGAUAAAGCACGUAGAAAGUUUGACGUGAAAUAAUAUUUGAGCUUACUUUGUGUUAAAAUAAAGAAGCAAAAAAAGAAAAAAAAAGGAAAAGAAUAUUUUUCUUUCAAAAAAUGUAUGUCCCAAAUGUUGAUGAAGGUGAUGCUACAACGCAACAAUAAAUAAGUGGUGUGAAGUGGUGUAAUUAAAGUGCGUCCUCAGGUGACGCAAGUGUUGUCUGACCAGCCGGAAAAUUUGGGUUCUGCUCAUUAAAAAGCCCGUAAAAGUGUGUGUGUGUGUGUGUAUACCUGCGGAAAGUGUCACUACGGCACAAGUGGCACAAGGUGAAUAGGUUGGUGGGGCGUGUGAAGGAGUGUGAAAGUGGCGCCGAGUAAAAGGGAACCAAGUGAAUGGUGCAUACGACGGAACGGCUCAUCAACGCAACGCCUAACGACGGAACGACGUCCAACGGGAAGAAUAAUAUUCCACUACUGUUCCGUGCGGCCGCUGCUGGUAGUGUUUGGUUAAAGGUCUUCUUUUCUGUUGCAUUUUUUUUUGCUCCGAAACCCCCCGGAAGCCUGCCCAUUUGACCGAUGGCCGAACGACCGCAAAUGAUUAACGAGCCAUAAUAUUGAAAUCACCUGUCAGUGGGCACAUAAAUUUACGUAUGCAAGGGUACGCAAUGGGUUUGGGUACAUUUUGUGCGGUUACGGCCUAAGAAAAUACUCCGCAAAAGAAACGCAACGCGCACAGGACUUCGUCUGCUUUGUGUACCAAAACAUCAUUAAAGCUGCAAAGGCUUUUUGGAGAAAAGCACACGAAACGUCAAACGCGGCCAGUGCUGCCAGUCAAAAGCACGCCCUGCAAUGUACGCACAUCCGGUACGGUUAUGUUGAGUGGUUUGGUCCGGUUUCGCAGCGUGCGAUCUUCGAUGUUCGCAGCGGUGAAGGUGAUCUGCGUGCUCGAUCGUCUACUGCUGCUGCUCGUGCUACUGACGUCCUUUGGAUGUGGCGAACUCGGUCCGUCCCAGACCGGUUUGAUCCGGGUGGAGCACGAACAGGGACCGGCCCUGUCGGCAUCGUCACAGCUGUGCGGCGGAAGUACGCUUACCGCACCGCACGGUAUCAUCUCCACGCCUAACUUUCCCGCCCGUUUUCCGGUACCGAUCAGCUGCACCUGGAUCAUCGACGCAUCGGCCAUCGUCGGGGCGAACGUGUCGAUCGUGCUAUACCUCACGCAGCAGUACGUACUCGGUGGAUUGCGGUUUACCGAGUACAUGUACUACAGUGACGACUACAAGGUACCGAGCAUGAAUGUGUACGAGCUGAGUGAGGAUGACGUGACCAGUGUUCCGUGGAUACGGUUUAGCAGCCCUUACCUGGAGGUACGGUUUACCAUGGACAGCUUGUAUGGGACACAUCUGCGUGCGCUCGAUCGGCUGUUGGAUGUGUACGGGUUCAACAUCACAUACGAGGUGGACACGGUCAAGUCACACACGUGUAAUGCAUUGCGUUGCCGGUUUCUCGGUAACUGUUACGCGAAGCAGGAUUUCUCAUCGUACUAUUGUGACUGCUAUGCUGGAUUUAGUGGUCCCGAUUGUGGUGAUGGUCCGCUCUGUAAGGAUGCGACCGUCUGUGAGAAUGGUGGCACGUGCAAGCAUAUCGGUGACAACGCCAUCAUCUGCAUCUGCCCGGCCGGCUACAAGGGCAAACGGUGUGAGAUCAACGAGUACGAUGAGGUCACAGGAUGCAAUCUCGACAAGGAAGGCGACGACUGCUUUCGCCAGUGUAUUUCACCCAGUGACAGUCUCGAUGUGUGCCGCUGUGACCAGAGCAUAUCGUCCUCGAGUCGUGGAAGAGCGAAGUACGAAAUGACGGUACGGUUAGCAAACGCAUCGCACUUCGAGCUAAACGACAACGGUGAACAUCAGCUCAAUGAAAACACGGUGACGGUGCUGGAAAAGCAGAUCAACCGAUUUUUGAGGAAUUUCAAUCUAUCCAAAAUCAAUGAUCUGGAAGUAUUUACUACGAGACCAAACGCGAUCCCUACCGGUACCAGUGGUGGAACGGCGAAUGGCAAAACUGGACCAUCCGGUGCUGUUGGCGGUGGUGAGGUAAUGUUUCAAUUUUUCGGCCCCAAAAUCGACUCGAGCCGGGUGCGGGAAGCGAUGGAAAAGAUGACGGAACGGGGCCGGAUCGGGAAUGUGAGUCUCGUGCCGGGGACGAAGCUUUCCUUUCGCCAGGACGUUGGUUUAAUGUUGCAGUCGGUGGUCAUCAAUCAAAAGGGACCGAUCCGGGAAAACACCGAGUUCAUACUGUCCUGUGUGGCGCAGGGCUCAUCAACGAUGGCCUUCCGGUGGUACAAGAACGGCUACUUCGUGAACGUGACCAAAGCAACAAGGAACAUGUGGACCCGCCUGCUGCCGCUGGACUCCAAGGAUCACUACACCGCCCUGCUCGGUAUCAACCGGGCAAAUCGUCUUGACGAGGGCAUUUACACCUGCCAGGUUUCCGACAUGGGUAUCCAGCAGUGUCGUUCGACGAAGGUGCAAAUCCUGGAGGUACCCCAACUACGCGUUGAUCCACCGAGCGUGACACUGUUCCGGGGCGAUUCCCUGUUGAUACGCUGCCUGUCCCAGGAUACCGACCGGCGCUUCGGUACGCUCGGUUACAGCUGGACGAAAAACGGCGCAUUAUUUCAAUCCGAUCCACAUGGGGAGUUGUGGGAAGAUCUCUACCCGGACGGAAGUAUUCUGAAGGUGAACAACCUACAGAAAUCAGUCAUCUUUACCUGCAUCGUGUCCAACUCGGUUGCACCGGUGUCACGCAGCGUACACGUGACGGUGGUAGAACCGGGCACGGUUACACUCUGUCCACAGAGUGAUGAUUUCGGUGUGAGUUGGCCAGCCAGUGCCAGUGGUCCGGCUGUGUUGGCUGAUUGUCCCAAGCGGGGUACUGGGCUGGCUAGCCGAAUCUGCGAACAGAGAGACUUUGGACGUCCGGAAUGGUUGGUGCCGGAUUUUUCCGACUGUGUACCGGAGGAGGUUAUCGAGAUUGACAAUGAGUUCCGGGGGCUUACGUACGGCUAUCAGAAGACUAACGGAUCCAAUGUGCUACAGUCGUGUUUGAAAUUUGCCACAACCCACGCUGCCACCUUUCUGCCCGGUGAGGGUGGUGUAUUGCUAGGAUUAUUACAAGAGGUAUUUAGCUACAUCGAAGCAACCGGAACACGUCACGAGCAGGAAAUCGCUUCGGACAUCAUUUUACGCAUCGUCGAUGUCGUUAUGCAGAACAAAGCGUCACUCAACAGUCAACAGCAAAUCAAACAACUGCAGGACCUGGUACAGGCAGCCGCACUCAAUCACGAAACGACGAUGGCUGCCCCGAUCUCGUCGUCCUCCUCCUCCGCCCUCGGACCAGUGGCAGGGUCAGGGGUAAAGCAUGCCGCUUCUACCACGGCCACCCAUCAGCUAAACUCGUUCUAUCUGUACACGGAAACGGUCAAGGGCCUGCCGUUCAAUCUGCAAAUUUAUGGCGAUCAACUCUACUCCGACCAGCUGUACAUGGAAAUGGAUCGUUCCGCUUCACUGCAGGACAUCGUGGCCAACGGGACCGUGCUGGUGACGGUGAUAUCGUACAAAAAUCUUACCAGCUUUCUACCACGGUUCUAUUUUGCCAAAAACAGCUUCGGUACCGACAUCGACUACAUUCCGGCGUCGAAAAUCAUCUCGAGCUGGCUGUACUACGCAAACCGUACCGGGAGCGAGGCGAACCAACCGUUGCACGUGCCGCUCGAAGCUGCCCACGUGGAAAUCAUUUUCCAGCACGAAAAUUCACCCACCACCGAAUGGAUACCGCUGUGUGGCUACGACUCCAAGGCGACGUUCGAACCAACGUGGCGUACGGAUCUGUGCAUCACCGAGAAUUUGCUGGAAAACAUCACCCGCUGCAUCUGCCCAUUGUCGGGCACGUUCGUGGUACUGCUGGCGAAGAAGAACUACAACCCCACUGUACCGAAGACAACCUCACGGCCAAUACUCGUAGUGAUCAGCUGCGGAUGUUGCUUCCUGCAGUCGUGCAUCGCCUUCGCCAUCAUGCUGCCGAUUCUGUAUCAGAGACGGUGCUGUGUGACCUUUUUAAAAAUGCAAUUCUGCUCCGCCACCUCGAUGGCGAUGGCAAUAUUCAUUCUCGGCCUGCUGCAGCUGUUCCCGCCGGAAUGGUACGCACUGGUGAUGGCGUUGCUGUCCGGUUUUCUGCUACUGAGCACCUCCACACUGGUCGCCAUCACCGUCCUGGUGACGACGGAACUUCAUGGACCAAGCCGCAAACUGAUCGCUGCCACCAACCUGGCCACCGGUAUCUCGGGCAGCAUCGGACUUAGCUGGUUUCUGCCAAUACUCUGUGCGACCUCGACACCGCUCGUGUACAACGUGAUGGUUGAAUCACCAACCCACUGGUGGCAUUCGUCCGAUUCCUUCGGUUUUGUGCUGUUCGUCGUCAUCGAGGCACUGUUUGUGGUGCUGUUCGUACUGCUCUUCAUCACCCUCAUCAAGCGGCUGCUCUAUCUGGCCCGGAAACACGACAAACACAACACUUCCAUCCCGCGCAGGAUUCGGCUGCUUUAUCGGACCGGAUUGCUGUUCGUGUCGAAUGUGCUCUGCCACACGUUCUACCUGGUGUAUGUCAACACGGACGGUUUGACGUCGGGCGGUUAUCUUUUCAGCGGUAACAGCAUAGCACUGGGAUUUUGUAUACUGUUUAGCUUUAUAGUGAAGGCGGAACUGAAGCAAGACACAACCGAGUCGACCAGCAGCAAGUCCAGCACUAAAAAUAGUUUGGACGAAAACUUUUGCUCGGGAUCAAUCAAUAGUCCGUUAAGUUUUUAUACAAAUCAGGAACUAGAUAAGGAUAACGAAUGCCUCUCGUCGGUGGGUAAAACAACGAAGAUUCCUCUGACAAUACUUUCCUCGCAGCAACCGCCCGCUUCGGCCCAACCGGUACAGGGUACCUCGGCACAGCAACAGACGGCACCGCACAUUACCACCAUCGAACCGUGCCUGCAGGUAGACCUGGAAGGUCACAGUAUGGACACGUUCCUUGGUGCUGCGGGAGGACUCUGCAACUAUGCUACCGUCACCGCACCAUCGUUCGGUGCGACCGCUUGUUACGAUAUUGCUGGGAGUUUACUGCUACCACCCGGUCCGGGCGGUUCGACCGUACCGGGGACGGCACUCAUCACGAUCGAAACCAGCCCCAGCAUAGUGCUGGCGGGACCAUCGCCGUUAGCGAAUGUACCAACCUCAGCCAGCGUUAGCAUCGAAUGGCACCAGCAGCAGCAACAGCAGCAGCAACAUUCACACGCCUGUGGUCAUCGGCCGGAACCUCUGCCAGCGACCGUCAGCUUCCUGCCCACCAUACCAACGGCCGAUGCGAGCGAUUUUGUCGGUGUAAGCGCACUAGAUAUACUGAAAGGCGUUGGACAAGACAGCAUCAUCGGCAUCCGUGGCAAAGCACUCGAAGUUGGCAACGAUGGCAAGAAGGUAGUUACGGUAAUCGAAUCAUCUAGCCAGCUGCCACCGGUCGGUACGGGGACACUACCACGACCCACGGGGAAAGCAAUCAUGACAACGACAUCGUCGUCAUCUACACCAACGCCCACAUCGUCGUGCUCCUCGGCAACCGGUCCGGUACCGCUCAUCCCGUCGUACUACUCGGAGCAAUCAGUGGGUCCCGGUGCAGCAGUGCAUCACAAACCGGUACCGGCACCGCCCAUCAUUACCGUCACGUCAACCGACGAUGGUCGGACGGGUGGACGUAUUGACGGGAUGCUGGAUCGAAUCUCGCACGAUCUUGACUACCUGCUGAACCGUACGGGUGAUACUGUGGCCUCCUCCUCCAAUUCCUCCUCCUCUUCCACCUCCACGUCUGCCUCCACAUCGUCCGUAGUGCCGAUCCAGCUACGACCAACAACCGGGCCACCGGGAACUGGAGUAUCCACCGUCAACAAUGCCACCGCACAAUCUGCACCGCCGCCACAGCAGCAAAGCUCCAUUAGUGCACCACUAAUACCCACUUGCCACAGUGUUCACGAAGUAAUUAUCGAAGAGUCUGAAGAAGUAGAUAGUUAAAUAUUUGCCCUUACUCCCACACAGACAGACAGACAGAGGAGUUGGAAAAUCACACAAAAAAGGAACUCUCACUCUCAAGAUAAAAGUGGUCUCUUUCGCGACAUUGAUUUGUUAAGGAUAUUCAAACAAUUCGCCUCUUCUUAUGCGAGUCCUUUUAGGAACUUCAAGUUAAAAAAAGACCCCAGUUUCAAGUUUCAGAAAGGACCCUUUUUGGCUGCUCACUUGCAUGUCGGUGACAUGACCCGAUUAUGUUAAGCAAUUUCAUCUUUCCCAGACAUCAUCAGGUGGGGAAUUGAACAGGGUGGUCAUGUUCUAUCGUACCGUGGCGUGUGCUCCAUUUCAUGCAAUAAUCAUUCUCAUCAACCUUCGUUUUGCCGGAUAUUGAUAUCUUCCUCGCUCCAUGUAAACGGAACGGAAAGAUUGGCUUCAUUAGUAUGCUUGCGCUCCUGUUCGCGUCAAUCAAAAGGUUUUGCCUCGGUGCAAUAUCGAGGAUUCAUGCAAUUAGUAGUAAUAGAAUAAGGCAACAAUAUGAUAAGGGAAGGAAAUACCUAAACUCGGCAGAGGGGAGAUGGGUGAUCGUUUUCUUAUCGUAAUACACUCACUAAAAGAACUUUCGGAAUGAUGCAGCUAUUUUUUGUUUUUGCUUUGGACGAUCUUUAUUGUAUCUUUUUGUUGACCAGUUUUGGGAUCACUUUUCCAAUUCAUCCCCCACAAUUCCCUCAACUUAAGAGUGGAGGAAGCCAAUCGAUUCGAUUGGGAAAGGAAACUAAUUGAUCGGAUUUUUCUUACAUCAUUCCUAGCGCAUCCAUCUUUUUUAUU